GAUGACGUCAGAAGUUGGGUUCACUUCCGAGGUAAUGGCAACCAGUUCCUACACGCGUGUUCUCUCUCGUCCUUUAUAUUUCGCCCAUCUUCACAUUAGUUUUGUUCACAGAGAGCCUGAAUAAGAACAGUAACGUCACGCAAGGACGUUUCAAAUGCCUUUUAGUUUUCACCGCUAGCUCAUCGAGCUCGUGAACGGUUCUCUUCGCCAUGGCGCUGUACACGAAAGCCGCUGAGAUCCUGGACAAGGUGGACAAGCAACAGGGCGCUCUCAAAACGCUAGUGUAUGAAAGUAAAUUCGCCAACAUCAAGCAGCUCUUCGCUCUCGUCUGCCAGACCCAGAAGUUCUCGUCCAUCUUGGAGGACAUCAUCGCGUCCACUAAGCUGCUGAAAUAUACCAAGUUGAAGAUGCCCCUGGCCAAGGUUCUAGUCUUCGACCUGCUCAUGGGCCAAGGCCUCAAGUGCGGCGGCUCCUGGAAGGCAUUGGUGAUGAAGCAUCGCUCCAGGCUGCAGACAGAGUUGGCCCUCAUGAAAGUCAAGCGAAAAGUCAGCAGGAAUGAAGACCUCCUCGCCAGUAACAUCAGGGAACCCGUUGGUGACCAGCUGCCCAGGUAUGCGCGUGUCAAUAUCCUGAAGACCACGAUGGAGGACACUGUGGACUACCUCAAGCGGGAGGGCUUCACCUACAAGGGGGAGGCCUCCAAGUUGGAUGACUUGACCCUCACGGCAAGGGGGUUUGUGAAGGACCUUCACCUGCCUGAGGUGCUGGUCUUCCCGCCUAAAACGGACUUCCACGACCACUUCCUGUACAAGGCCGGCCACAUUAUUCUUCAGGAUAAAGCCAGCUGCCUCCCUGCCUUUCUACUCAAUCCACCGCCUGGGAGCCAUGUCAUUGACGCCUGCGCUGCCCCGGGGAAUAAAAGCAGCCACCUGGCCGCCAUCAUGAAGAACAGAGGCCGGCUGUUUGCCUUUGAUUUGGAUGCCAAGCGUCUGGCCACCAUGUCCACCCUCAUGCUGCGAGCCGGCGUCACUUGUCAUCAGCUGGCCAAUCAGGACUUCCUCAAGGUGGACCCGGAAAGCAAGUUGUACGGGGGCGUGGAAUACAUCCUGCUCGAUCCCUCUUGCAGCGGUUCAGGCAUGGUGUGUCUCCAGGACCGCACGUCUGCCGAUCCUCAAAAGGACGCAUCUCGUCUGGCUUCGCUGGCCUCCUUCCAGCUGCGCUGCCUGAACCACGGACUCCGGUUCCCCCGGCUGAAGCGCCUAAUCUACUCCACUUGCUCUGUCCACAGCCAGGAGAACGAGGAGGUCGUAACGGCCUGUCUUCAGCAGAACCCCGGCUUCAGGCUGGUGCCACUGCUGCCUGAGUGGCCCGAACGAGGCCUGCCACCCCUAUCUCAGUGUCUCCGGGCAAGCGUCAACGGGAUGCGCACGCAUGGAUUCUUUGUGGCUCUGCUGGAGCGUUGCAAUGAAGCUGACAAUCUGAUGCCACAGCUAACGCUACAGACAAGGCAUCCCGAGAUGACGGUGACCUGCCUGCCUGCCUGUGAGAAGACCCCUGAAGCCGCUCCCAGUCCCAACCAGUCUGAUCCUUCAGAGUGCGAGGACAAAGCAACGACCUCUGAAGAUGGCAAGCUAGGUGAGAAGAAGACCAAAAAGAGAAGGAGGAAGCGGAAGAAGAAAGGCAAAAGUGUGAUAACUGAAUCGAAAGACUGAAUUGGCAGCAUGUUGUGAACAACGGGAUUGCAUGACGAAUGCUUUUCCAUUUUUAUUAAAAAGUCUACAUGAUACAAAAACUUUAAGUGCCUUUUCUAAAGUUCCUGCGGCUCCUUUUGCUUCCAAGUAAACUAUUAUUUUUCGUUGUAUUAAAUGGCACAUGGCAUUUCCA